AGAUGACAACACAUAUUGAAAUGAUUUACUAAAGCGUUACUACUUACUUUUAUAUCUCUAGAUCAUGAAUUUUGGAGUUUUUUUUUUUUUUUUUUUAAUAUCGAAAAAAAUUCUCUUAUUUUUUUUUUUAUUAAUAUGACAUUGACUCAUUCUAUUACAAACUUGCAAAAUCUAUUCAUGCCACAUGCUCAUGCAAAUGGAUAAUUAUACAUAUAACUACUUUUACAAUAUUACUGACUGUUAACAAUUACAUCAAUAUUAAAAUCAACAAAAUGUAAAAAAGGAUAAAAUGUUUGUAUACACAUAAAAACUAAUUAAACUGCAUCCUUGAAUAUUUUUCAAAAUAGAUUUUUUUAAUUUUUACUAUAAACAUUUUUAAAAAAAAUUUUUAUAGAAUUUAUUUUUAUAAAUUUUUUUCUUUAUCGUAAAAAUUUUUAUUGAUUUUAAAACAAUUUUUUUUGGACAUUAUAUUUUUUAAAAAACAAGAAUUUUACUUCUCACAUAAUAACAAAUAUUUUUCAAAAAUAUUCAAACCAAUUUUGGGAAAAAAUAAAAAUUUUGAAUAACCUCUUUCAAUUGUUUUUUUUUUUAAUGAAUUUCUAACCUUUUUGAAAGGGAAAUUUUUUUUACUUUAUUUUUAUCAUAAAAAAAAGGUUGAAAAUUAAAAAUGUCUGAAAAAAAUAGCAUCUGUUGUGAUGAAGAAUUUUCUACAGAUUUUUCUACUAACAUUAAAGUACAAAAAGUACCUUUAUUACUUAAACAAGUCCCUAAAUGGUCUGGUAUAGCAGUAAAAGAUGCUCAAAUGUAUCAAAUUUCAAUGCAAGAUUUUAAGGACAAAUAUCUAAUUCUUCUAUUUUAUCCUUGUGAUUUUACCUUUAUUUGUCCAUCAGAAUUAAUUCAAUUUAGUGAUCGAAUAGAAGAAUUCAGAAAUAUUGGAGCAGAAAUUGUUGCAAUUUCAACAGACUCGAAAUUUGCACAUUUUGUAUGGACAACAACUCCACGUAAACAAGGUGGAAUUGGAGAAAUUAAUAUUCCACUAUUGGCGGAUAAAAAUCAAAGAAUUUCAAAAGAUUAUGGAGUUUUAGAUGAAAAUUUAGGAACACCAUUGGGAGCUCUAUUUAUAAUUGAUAAUAAACAAAUUUUACGACACAUUACAAUAAAUGAUCCAGCAAUUCCACGAUCAGUGGAUGAGGUAUUGCGUGUAAUUAAAAAUUCACAAUUUAUUGAUAAACACGGUGAAAUAUGCCCGAUGGGAAUAAAGGAAAAAUCACAUUUACCAAUUAAUGAUAAUCGUCAAGAUUUUUUUCAAAUUUAAAUUCCAAUUUUCAAUUAAAAUUAAAAUUAAUAAAGAAAAUAUUUAAUAUCCAAUUCUAAAUGAAAAUUUUAAAAUUGUAAAUUUACUAUUAAAUUUAUAUUAAAUAUAAUUAAAUUCAAUCUAAUAAUUCUUUUUUUAAG